AUGCAAUCUUUCGCCUUGGGGGAGUCGAUCCCGCCGGACACGACGCAUGUGAGUGCUAUGCUCUGGCUGGCUCGCCGUGCGGCGAUGCGAGCCCCUCGUCUCAUCUUCCUCGCUCCCCAUCCCCAUGACCUUGCUGACCGGGCCAAGGCUGUGAGCGUCUCCUUGCCUACUUGGCAAUCAAACGUGGCCUACGAGGAAGGCGAGGACUGGGUCAUUGGCCGAUUGACCACGGGCUAUCCCAGAUUCUUCAUCCAUAAGAGCGUCGAUGCCUUGGCAACCGAUAUCGCGACGGCCUACGCCGAGCCGAACCUGCGUGCCAUGCUGUUCCCCACGCCACGAGCGGCCGCCCGUUGCCUUGACUUUGUCAAGCGUCGAGCCGAAGCCCAUUCUCCGCCGAAGCUGCAUGCCGUCCAUCUCGUCCUCGACGAGUCCGAGAACGUGUCCUCCCUGCUGAGGAAGCUAUCCCCCACCAUAUCCGCCAUCUUUGUCCCCGCCGAGCUUUUCCCCCUCGCCAAACAGUACUGGCAGCAUACGGGCGACGGGGUGUCGAGUCGGCAGGCCGAGUUUUGCCACGAUCUCUUCCGAGAGCACCUGCUCGUUCCGAUAUCGGACCGGAGAUCCACCUGCAACCCACCUGUGCCGUCACUCCGUGGGCCCAGGCGUUAUCAACGGCAGCAAUCCAUGGAUGCUGCUGCGGCCCAAACGACGACGAAGCCGCAACUGGGCGCGAAGAGGCUCGAGGACUCUCAGGAGAGCUCCCGCUUUCUCGAAGAACGCUUCGGCCGCAACCUCGACCUCACUCUGGUCGCCCGUGCCAAGUCGGCCAUCCAGCGACGAAUCGCCGGCUCCUUGGUGCAUGACGUCGACCUGCGAAAGAGUCCGCUGCCGCCCAUGGCCUCGAGCACCCGUGGUGUGCGGAGCCUCGGCGAAGAGGACGUCUACCUCUUCCCCGCCGGCAUGAAUGCCAUUUUCAACGCCCACCGAGCGCUCUUGUCGGCGCGCGGUCCGCUCAAGAGCAUCAGCUUCGGCUUUCCCUACGUCGACACUCUCAAGAUUCUCCAAAAGUUCGGCCCGGGCUGCGUGUUUUACGGACACGCCUCCUCGGCCGACCUUGACGAGCUCGAAGGCCUCCUGCGCUCCGGCCAGCGCUUCCUCGCCCUCUUUUGUGAGUUUCCGGGAAACCCAACGCUCGCCUCGCCCGAUCUCGAGCGCAUCCGCCGAUUGGCGGACGAGUUUGAUUUCGCCCUCGUCGUCGACGACACCAUUGGCACGUUUGCCAACGUCAACAUCCUCCCCGUCGCCGACGUCGUCGUCAGCAGCCUCACCAAAAUCUUCUCGGGCGCCUCCAACGUCAUGGGAGGGAGCGCCAUUCUGAACCCCGAGGGCAAGUACUACAGCUCGCUCAAGAAGGCGCUGGACGAGGAUGUCUACGAGGACACGUACUGGCCCGAGGACGUCAUCUUCAUGGAGAGGAACAGCCGGGACUUUGCCGCUCGCGUCGACCGCAUAAAUGCCAACGCCGAGGCUAUCUGUGCCAUCCUGCGCGAUCACCCCCUCGUCCAAAGUGUGCACUAUCCCAAGCACAACGCUUCCAAGGAGCACUACGACGCGCAUCGCCUACCCCACGGCGGCUAUGGCGGCCUGCUGUCCGUCGUCUUCACCCACCGGAAGCACGCUCAGGUCUUCUACGACGCCAUGGAGAGCGCCAAGGGGCCGAGUCUGGGCACAAACUUCACCCUCUGCUCCCCGUACGUUCUCCUGGCCCACUACCAAGAGCUUUCUUGGGCGGCCAAAUUCGGCGUCGAUGCCGACCUCGUCCGUGUGAGUGUGGGCCUCGAGGAGCCGGACGUGCUCCAAGCGGCCUUCCGCAAGGCGCUGCAAGCGGCGAAUGCCGCGUCCGGUUGA